GUGGAAACAAUUUUGAGCAACAUUCUGAGAAAACCUCACAAGUGGUUUGUGAGGAAAAAUUGAUGAGGUUUCUUGUGAGGUUAUUCUUAUUCAAACCUCACAAAUCAAAAACACAAAAUUCACCACAGAAGGUGAAAAGCAUUUUAGUGUUUAAAAGUUGUUUUUUAAAAAUAAACAAAGCAAAAUAAAGAAAUGAGCAACAAAGAAAAGAUUUCAAAAUUUAAAAGAACAACUCAGGAGCAGCUGCAGCAUUAUAUAAUGUUCUGCAAGCAGCAUCCUGAGUUGCAACGAAAGAAGCUGACCAGCCCUCAAAGGCUGCAAAUGUUGUGGUCAGAGCUAGCAGAAAAAUUAAAUGCUUUAAAAGGACCAACACGCACAGCAACCAAAUGGAAGGAGUCGUUAACGCAUUGGAAACAUCAGUUGCGUAGCCGAGCGCGAAAAGAUAAAGCCCACCUGCAAAUUACUGGUGUAGACACACCAGCAGCUGAAGUAUCAGAAUGUGAGGUGCAGGAAAAUUCAACCUUUGGGACAACAACGGUUGAUGGAGUGUCGGGUAUUGAGAGUUCGGAUCAGCAGGACCCCGUUCCUGCUCCAACUCCAUCGCCAGCUUCUGCUCCAGCCUUUCCUGCUAUAUAUCUCCGCACUUUACCUUCGUCACCUUCACCCCCCACUUCACCACCUCUUAUCGUAUAUUCUCCUGAUGUAUCCCAUUCUAGGUUAUCUCCUCCCAUCCUACCUUCUCCUACACCAUCAACUUCUGCUUCAAUCGUUUCUGAAGCCCCCAAACCAACAGCAGUGAAAAUGCUUGGAACAAUACUAAAAAAAAUGAAGGCGCACGAGAGACGGGAAGAGCGGGCCAUUUCCCAACAACAAAAAAUUUUAGAACAAAACGAACAGUUGAUGGGUGUCUUGAUGCAGAUGUCACAGGAGAGACGAGAGGAGCUGCAAAAGACCUCGGAGCAAAACCUACAAUUGACGGGGGUAUUGAGCCAAAUGACGCAAGCACUAACAGCUAUGACAACAGUGCUCAAUAACCUUACAGAAAAAUUAAACCACUGAUCACAAUACAUUGACGCAUAUCACCUAGGGAGAACCAUUUCAUUUUGUCUCAUCUAUGUUUUCUUAUAAUAGUUAGGAUUACAUAUUUUUAUAUGAAGUAUUUAUCAGAUCUUAUAUUAUUAAAUAAGUAUAUUUAAUAAAAUAACUGCAUUAUUUAAACAUA